AUGCACAGCUGCGUUGAUGAGCGAAAGGGAGGCUAUCAGUCGACGAUAAAAAAUUAUCGAGAUUAUGAGGGCUAUCCAACAUACAUGAGCGCAAGACAGAGUAAUUUCGAGCCAAGCGCUCCCGACUACAUAUCGCCGUACUCGAAGAGCGACCACGACGUAUACCAAUCGGAUACCAGUCCAGAAAACCUGUACUACAACGACGGGGUGGUAAGCGACACCCUGUCGAGUAGCAGCAGCAACGAAGCGCGCACCGCCUACUACAAGACCAAGUACGCCAGCGAGAGCGCGGCCAACGCCCUGAGAGCUUCGCCCUCGCCCGCGACGGUCAUCAACGAGAUCGGCGGCGGUGGCCAGAACCAGCCCGAGUACAGUCCCCUGCAAUCGGCCGAGUACUCGACCUCGGCCAGUUACUCGGUCGGCGGUUACGGCGAGCGUCAGCAACAGCAGCACCAGCACCAGCAACCCGGAGGAUCCCAACCGGUUAAUCAUCACAGGCCCGGAGAGGAGGCCGCCGCCCUUGCCAGCGAAUACGUAAAACCGAGCGGCAACGGCGGUGGGGCCGUUUAUGGAACGUACUCGAGCAACUCCCAAGGCGUCCUCGAGUAUCCCCAGAGGCCGUCACCCUUCGCCCACAACAGUCCCAGCCAGAGCGAGUACUCGUCUCCGAGUCAUCUGCCGUCGACGCACACCUACACCGACUAUCUACCCCAUCAUGCCGCGGCUUACAAAGCUUACUCGGCCCCUAAAUAUCAGUCGCUGCUCGGAGCGCUGAAGAGCCUCUUCGGUGGUGGCGACUCACCGACGGUAUCGGCUACCGGUCAUUAUCCGAUUUACUACUCGCCACAGAGUCCAGCCUCGGGCCUUUCUCCGAGUGCCGCUGCCUCUCUGCAUCAUCCCGGCCCACACGGCUCACCCUCGGUGCCAGUUCCAGCGGCCGCUCCUCCGUCCUACUACUAUUCCGGAGCCGGUCCUCCUUCCAGCCUCGGAAGCAGUUCGCCUUACUCCAAGUCGUACAUGUCGAUGCCCACGAUGCGCUUCGUUCAUGGCCCGUCGCCGUCGUCGCCGUCGAUCUCGUCCGGACCCUACGGAGGUGGGCCCAGCGGCCUCGGCAGCAGAAUCGUGCUGGUGCGCGACAGCAGCGGCGCCCACACCUCGGCCUACCCGAGCCACCUGAGCCCCGGCGGCGUGAUGGCGCCCUCGGCCGCUUAUCCCCCGACCAGAAGCAGGUACUACUUCUCGCCGGCGUCCGGUGGGCCAUCGUCCACGGGACCUUCCUUGUUCUAUACAUCGGCCGCAGCAGCUCAGAAUGCCGCACUGGUAUGUUAA